AAGUGAUCGCGUAUUUUGACUGCACGCACUCUGUGAAGCUCCGCUGGCCAGUUGUUGCACUUUGGCACAGAUUCUCUUGGCUAGAGUUCCAGACAUUGGCUUGGUUUUGGGUCGCCCCAGAUUUGUGAUCCCAUUUCUUGUGUGCUUGCCAAGAUUUGUGGGCUUUUUUUCUGUGGAAAGUGGGGCACUCUGGCUCUGCCCAUAAUUCGGGACUUUUCUAAGUGAAGUAUUGUGCUGGUCUUCCAGAGGUGGUGGUGUGAAAAUUGUGAGGGUGUGAAAGUGUGGCCCACAAAGAGUUCAAGUGGGCAAAGUGACGGAAAAAGGUCCAAUCGGAUUCAAUUUUCUUCAAGCAUUCGAUUAAGGUGAAAUUUUAUCCUCACAUGUUGGACAAUACACGGAAAGCUGUUUUACUUGAAGCAUCAGACAAGAACUGAAGGGGUGCUCGAUGCAAAUAAAUGGAAAUUCGUGCACAACAAUGGCCGCUUCUGAACCACCAGAACCGCCUCCUCGCAAUCCUGAUAAAAUCAACGCAUCUCUUAAGCAAAUCUCCACAGAAUCGAAAGCGCCAAAGUUGGAUGCCACCAGCAAUGUGAGGCCAUCUCAGAAGCUGAACAAUGCCAUAUCCGUCUCCAGUCCAUCGCCGGACGCGGUGAAGAGUGUCGCGGAGCAGGAGAAUGGAGAUGAGGCGACUGAGGAUGGUAACAACAGUCACGGAGAAACUGAUACCCUCAAUGGGAAAGAUGACAAUACCGUGGAUUCGUUCAGAACGACAGUAGACAAGCCUGAUCAAGACAGCUUCGAUGACUUGGACUCACCGCAAUCAUCGAAGCUGAAGGUGGAGAAUCAGCGCCUCUCCGCCGAGAUAAAUCGGUUGAAGAAGUUGCUGGAAAUCUCGCCUGAUGGUGCCAUUGGUGGGAUCGAUUUAUCGGACAAUAACAGCUUCGACGCUCACUCCACGGACGGCGGUUCCAGCCGGAUGGAACGCCUCGAAGUGGAGCUGCGAAUGGCGAGAGAACAGAUUGCACAUCUGCGCUCCGAGAGAAAGAAACUGCGAACGGAUAAGGCGGACUUGCUGCGCCAUGUGAAGCAGUUGUGCGCCUCUCUGCACGACAAGGAGCAGGAAUUGAGAGACUUUAUUCGGAACUAUGAGCAGAGACUCAGGGAUAAUGAGUCCACGGCUCUCAAGAUGACCAGUGAGAGAGAACGAGAACGAUGGUCACUCAUGAAGCACGCCCGGGAUGAGGCGGAAAGAUCACUGGUGCUCGCAGCUCAGCUGAAUGCCAGGGACAUGCAACUCCAGAGGACACAAGAGCAAUUGCAGGAGGCAAGACGUCAACUGUCGGGUUGCAUGUCUGAUCAGGAGAGUCUCAUAUCCAUGCCGCCACCGCUGACACCACCGUCGAGUGGUCUCCUCUCCCAUCUCUCCGGAGGUUUUCCGGGCAGCGUGACAGCGAGUGAUUCCACAGUGAGAGGCAACAGCGAUAAGGAUAGUGCUGCCGGCGAUUUGAACCUGAGCGACGGUCCGUGCGAGAAUGGGAUGUGCCUCACAAUGGACCCAGAUAACAUAUCACUCGUCUCUAGUCAACACAACAUGUAUCAAUAUGGAACGCCUGUGAAGGAGCGCAGCCCAACUUUGUCACCCCUGAACUCCAGUGCGUUCUCGCGUUCUGUGGACAAUGCGGACGCUAGCCUGGGCAGUCGCUCAGUUGAGCAACUGGGAGCCUCUCUGGACGGAGAUGGGAGCACUUUCCUGGGUCGUCGGCUGACGGGAAAGGGUACAGGGACUUUGGGACGCUCAGGCCGAGGCAGCACUUGGGGAAGUAUCUCCAAAGUCUUCGCCAGGUCGCGACAGAGAGCUCGGAAUGCAUCCCAAGAGGCGGACACUGCCACAAUAGCGGAGAGUGGAUGGAGUCCUCUGACCGAGGAGGGAUAUGCCGAAAAGCUGAGACUCUUAAGGGAGGCUUCGGCGGCUCCUAUGGAGCGCUGGCGGGCUUCCCAAGUGCUGGCCUGGCUGGAAGUGGCUCUCGGGAUGCCACAGUACAGCGUUCGGUGCUCUGAGAAUGUGAAGAGCGGAAAAGUUCUGCUGGAAUUGUCGGAUGCAGAAUUGGAAGCUGGCUUAGGACUCAGUCAUCCGAUGCACAGGAAGAAAAUGAGACUGGCGAUUGAGGAACAGCGACGGCCGGAUCUUGUUCGUUAUCCUACAAUAGGACAACUAGGACACACAUGGGUGGCAUCGGAAUGGCUGCCGGACAUCGGACUUCCACAGUACGCAGAGUCCUUCAUACAUUCACUCGUGGACGCUCGAAUGCUGGACACGCUGUCGAAGAAGGAGCUGGAAAAGAUGCUGGGCGUGACAAGGAAGUUCCAUCAGGCGAGCAUCGUUCAUGGGAUUCACGUUCUACGGAUUAUCAAAUACGAUCGCCAGGAGUUGGCUAUGCGACGAUUGCAAUCUGAGAGUCUGGAUUCAGAUCCAAUUGUGUGGACAAACCAGAGAUUCAUUCGGUGGGUCAGAUCUAUUGACCUCGCCGAAUAUGCGGACAAUUUGAAAGACAGUGGCGUUCACGGUGGUCUCGUGAUCCUGGAGCCUUCCUUCUCAGGCGAGACAAUGGCCACCGCACUCGGGAUUCCGCCGUCGAAGAAUAUCAUCCGGCGCCACUUAACGGCCGAAUUCGAUGCUCUGGUGCUGCCAGCAAGAGCCACGCUGGGCCAAGGUAUUCGUAGUGGUGGACAAAUUAUUCCCAUUACUGGAUCCGGAGGAUUGCAUCACCAUGGAACAAUUGAUCGGAAGACGUCCGGGAGUCUCAGGUUUGCCACGUGGCGAGGAUCACAGGUAAGUCAAGCACAUGCAAAAGAAAACCAAGAAUUCUUCCUCUCAAUGUGCCUUCAACACUCCACACCACAGAGUUCGCUAUCGAAGGUGUUUGGCUUCACGAAGACACGCCCGGAAAAGCUGUUCAAUCCCACAUCGCCCACGAAUUCGUAUAGCAGCGAGGACUACGCCACGGUGGGGUCCUUCUUCUCACCGCCACCCACUCAGCCGCCGCCCCAGCCGCCCACCACCACGCCACCCCCUUCGCUGCCCAGCCACCGUGUGAGUGCGCCCCCCACCGAGUCGGCGCCCGUGGGCUGCACUCUUCCUCGACAGCAUCGCCGAGUGAAGAGCAUCAGUGACAUUGACGUCAUCGCGGCAGCGCCCGUAUAGCGUCCGAGGAGUGGGGUUUUCGCCCCCUCAGCCACCGGCUACUCGCCCCGGAGAAGUCCCAAGCUGUAAUUCUGUAUACUCAUCGGUUCUCUCUCAAUUCUGGCACCGAACGUUCUUAAGGUAUUUUGCUUAUGACACAGGUUUUAAUAACCGUGGUUUUGACCAAAGACUUUCUACCCAAAACAAUUUUAAGAGGAUUUUUUCCAGAAACACUGUCUUUGUACUGAACAUCCCAAAAAUUCAAUCAAUCCAUUGAAACAGAUAUAAUUUCUUUGAAUACUCAGGCGGGAAGAAUUCGAUUUGAAGAACUUUGGGAGAAGCAGGACAGUUUGUGAAUACCAAUUAUAAGUACACGUACUUAUAAAACAAUGAGAUUUUCCGUAUGCAAAAUUUAAUAAAAUAAUCAUCUCCAUCUGAAGAAUAAUUUUUAGAAUGUCUUCUGCAGUGCCCCAGAUCAUAUUCACAAAUUGCCCUGUUUUCCCCUAUAAACUUUUUUAUGUUAUGUAUUAAUUUAGACUGUGAAACACUUUGUUAACUUUGUAUAUAUAAUUUGUUAAGUAAGAUUUUUCACUACCAAAUAACGUGCAAUUAUUUCUUUUCUCAGUUUUUUCUUCAAAUAAAAUAUGCACAGAUUAAUGUUUUAUAGAUAAUAAAUCAAUAAGUAAGUCAUGCGAAAUAGGAACUUUUUUGCGAAAACUUCAAUCUCAGUUUUUUGCUGCAUUAAAUUCCAUUUAAUUAGUAAUCCAAUAAAAUCUAGUGAAUGCAACCAAAGAAAAGACGAUGAAAAGAUGAUUUUAUCGAGAGACUGAAGAAAUCGGAUCAAAAAGAUGGAAAUUGUGUGCGUGUGCAAUAAAAUCAAGGCAGUAUUUUUAAGUAAAAUAUAUUCUCUAUAUCGAUAUUAAUCCCAAUGAAAUUAUGGAAAUUGUGCGUGGCAUUGUCACGGAACAAAUACAAUAAUCAAAUUCAGAGUUGAAUCAAAACACCACGAGAAAGAAGUCUUCAUUGUCGGAAUGCGAAUGACAAGAGAAUACUAAAAAGAAAACCAAUUGGAAGUGUAAGAAGCGUGCAAGUGAAAUAUAAAUUGGAGGCAAGAGGAAGUCAUUUGCAUAUUAGGAGAGAGAUAAUUUAUUGUUAGCCCGUAAGAUUUGCUAUUAAUUUAGCUGUGUGUGUGUCAUUCUCAAUUGAGUGACAGGCAGAAUAAAUGCAUUUUAUGAUAUAGAUUUGAAAGAAUUAAUGGACCACAGGAAAAUGUCAUUGAUGAAAACUUAUAUCUUAAACUACAUGGAAAGUUUUGUCGUAAGAUAGCGAAUACGAUUCUCUAUGAAAAUGUAUCAUGAAUUCCAAUAAAAAUGACAAA